AAAAAUGUGAUAAUUAACUUUGCAAAGAAAUGUUUGUAAUAAAAUAUUGUUAGUUUGCAAUUGGCAACACUAUAAAUAUUAAUUCCUACAUAAACGUGCGACUAUGCUAAAUCUUUCCGGUUGUCAAAUUUCUCAAAGGUUGCAGCACAAUUCCAGCGCUGCUAAUUUUUUAUAGUCAAAGUUUAAAGAAGACUAAUAAAAUACACAAAGAUGGCUUUCGGCGAUGUCUCAACCCCACAAGGUCUAAAGGAAUUGGAGAAAUUUCUUGCUGACAACAGUUAUAUUAGUGGAUAUUCGCCAAGCAAAGCUGAUCUCUCGGUGUUCGAAGUUUUGGGUAAAGCACCAACCGGCAACUUCCCACAUGUGCAACGUUGGUAUCGCCACAUUGCAUCCUAUGAGGCUUUUGAACGUGCUGCCUGGGGUGGCUCUCCAUUGCCACAAGUUGCCGGUGCCAAGCCCACAGUUGCUGCUGCACCAGCUGCAGCUGAUGAUGACGAUGAUGUAGAUCUCUUCGGCUCUGAUGAAGAAGAAGAAGAUGCAGAGGCUGCACGCAUACGUGAGGAACGUGUUGCUGCCUAUGCUGCUAAGAAAUCGAAGAAACCCGCGCUUAUUGCCAAGUCAUCAGUAUUGCUGGACGUCAAGCCCUGGGAUGAUGAGACCGACAUGAAAGAGAUGGAGAAUAACGUACGUUCUAUUGAGAUGGACGGCCUUUUGUGGGGUGCCUCAAAGUUGGUGCCAGUCGGUUAUGGUAUUAACAAAUUGCAAAUUAUGUGCGUUAUUGAAGACGAUAAAGUGUCUAUCGAUUUGCUGACUGAAAAGAUUCAGGAAUUCGAAGACUUCGUACAAUCCGUUGAUAUUGCUGCCUUCAACAAGAUCUAAGCAAGGAGAUAACCGCAUCCUUUUGAAAUUAAAUUACUUUUUUAAACUGAUGAAACGAAAAUAUAAUAAGAAGCAAAGCACAGCAAAGUGUAUUUUUUAAAUUAUUUGUGUAAUUGCUUCUGUCAUUUUAGAGUUAAUUUUUAUUGGUUGACAUAAUUUUUUGCAAAAAAUACACAUUUGUUGCAGAAAAAUCCAGCAAUGUGAAAAAUUGUUUUCCUUGUUGUACAGGGUGUUAAUUAUCUUUAAAAAUUUACAGAGUAAAGAGUUCGUGUCUAAACUCCUCUGUUUUUGUGCUUAUAAGCCAAGUUGAAUCGGAGCUUUUGCUUCAGCCGCUCUUGCUACUAUUAAGCUUAUGCUAUGGCGCGUUGAUUAUCUGCUGAUCAACCCAUGCACGAUCUUUCUACACAAUCAAUAGCUGAACGCUAAAUAUUCGCAAACAUUUCGUGUGCCUGACUCAGUUGUUUAUAAAACGCGAACGUGAGAAGACUGCUAACGGAACAGGAAAAUCAAAUCGCGCUUAAUCACCCAGCUCUCAGUGUAGUGAAGUUAUAUCGACUCAAUACAUAAUCGAUAAAAACACUUUAUUAAGUCUGUACGAAUAAAAACUGAAAUAAAAAAUCUAAAUAAACAAUCACCAACAUGUACUACGGUAAAUAUUUGAUUGCUGCGCUGUUUUGUGUGGGCUUUGCUAUGCUGAUCAAUGCACAGGAAAAACCGGUCACCGACGUUUGCCUGGGGUGUAUUUGCGAGGCCAUCAGCGGUUGUAAUCGUACGGCCACUUGUACUGGCGGCGUCUGUGGCCUCUUCCGCAUCACUUGGCCCUACUGGUCUGACGGUGGUAAGCUUACGUUGAAUGGCGAGUCCCCAGAAUCGGAAACAGCAUACGCCAACUGCGUAAGUGAUCCCUACUGCGCUGCGAAUACCAUACAGAAUUACAUGACUAAGUACGCACAGGAUUGCAAUGGCGACAACCAAGUGGAUUGCUUUGAUUAUGCGGCCAUACACAAGCUGGGAGGCUAUGGCUGCAAAGGCGAAUUGGGCUACAAUUAUCAGACUACGUUGUCGAACUGUUUGAACCUGUUUCAGGGUUAAAUGAGCAAGCAUUUAAAAAUUAAAAAAAAGUGGCGCACCUUAGAGGUGUAUAAAUGACAAGUUGCUCAUUGUUCAGGCUUGCUUUUAUCAUAAUUACAUUUAUUUAGAUUCUUCGAGAAGCAUUACUGUAAUAUCAAGUAUGAAUUUUAUUUUAUUUUAAACUAAUCUUAUGCCAUUUAUUAAUAAAUAAUUUUAUUUCGAUAA